GUGUUGCUUUAUCUCCUUCCAGGCUGGCUACAGAACAGAAGCAGAGCCAUGAAGGUGUUGAAGCUGUUGCCUCUUCUGGAUUGGGUGCUACUUCCAGGUUUUACAUCUGCACUGACAGGACCUCCAACAGUGGCUGGAUUCCUUGGCAGGUCACUGUCUGUGGUGUGUCCAUACGCUAAAGGCUAUCAGACGUAUGUUAAAUAUUGGUGCCGAGGAGCCAAUUGGGACUAUUGUAGCACGGUUGUUGCGACCAAAGGAACAGAGGAAGAGGUGAAAGCGGGCAGAACUUUAAUCAAGGACAAUCAUGCACGUCGUGAAUUCACAGUGACGCUGGAGAUCCUCACACAGCAAGACGCUGGGUUUUACUGGUGUGCCAUAGGCAGAAGAGGGAUCGAUCUUGGAUUCCUUAUAAAUAUUAUUGUUAACCCAGAUUCAGAAGAAAAAUUACCACCCAGCCCUCCUCCCACAGAUUACCCAUCCUAUGUGCCCUUUCCUAUUUUGAUCGGCUUGAAAAUGAUCCUGCUCAUUUGUCUGGUCUUUGCAAUCAUCUGGAUGCAUAGAUGGAGCGGAUGGGCCUCCGACAAAGUAAUACUAGAGACACCACCACAAGAGCUUGAACUCCAUGGGGAAGUGCAACACAUUUAUCACACCUCUGUUGUAACCAGCCAGUCUCGUGAGUUACACGGCGGCAUUUGCAUGAGAGGAAAACCGACAAGAAGAUGCAAUGAACCUACGCAAGCAAGACAGGCUGCCCUUCCCCCAGCACAAAGUUGGUUGGAAUUAGGGAUGGCAGAUAAAUCUGCAACGAAACCAAAUGAGUUCAGUUUUCAAUGA